CUUUACGCACACGUAUGAUAUGCGUGUGUGUGUCUGAGGUGUGCAGGGCCUCCGACACUCCGAGCGGAAGAAGUGAGAGUUGUUUGGUGGAACAUUAACUCCAGUCUGCUUUAAGAGGAUUCAUGACCGAGCCUCUACACUCGUGUCCUCGGAGCAGAGACGGAGUGGGACGGACUUGGAAAUCAGUCAGCAGCUCCCGAUGCGACAGCAAACAUCCACAAAGUCUCCACAGCAAAUAAAGCACCAUGAGUAAGAAACUAUGUGGGACCAAUUAUCCCGUCAGCAUCUGCUUCAUCGUGGUGAACGAGUUCUGCGAACGCUUCUCCUACUAUGGCAUGAAAGCGCUGCUCACGCUUUACUUCGUCAACUACCUGCACUGGGACGAGGACCUCUCCACCGCUAUCUACCACGCCUUCGGCAGCCUCUGCUACUUCACACCCAUCCUGGGAGCGCUCAUCGCUGACUCCUGGCUCGGAAAAUUCAAGACCAUCAUCUACCUGUCCUUCGUCUACGUCAUCGGCCAUGUGGUGAAGUCGGUCGGAGCCAUUCCCACUGUGGGAAACACCACCGUGCACAUCUCUCUGUCCAUGGUAGGUCUGAUACUCAUAGCUUUCGGCACCGGAGGAAUCAAACCCUGCGUGGCGGCGUUUGGAGGAGACCAGUUUGAUGAGGAACAUGGCACCGAGAGGCAGAAGUUCUUCUCCAUUUUCUACAUGUCCAUCAACGCCGGCAGCCUUCUGUCCACCGUGAUCACUCCCAUACUGAGAAGUGACGUGCAGUGUUUCGGUGGAGACUGCUACGCUCUGGCCUUCGGGGUUCCUGCAGCUCUGAUGAUGGUGGCUUUAGUUGUGUUCAUUGCUGGCAGCGGGCUGUACAAGAGGAAUCCUCCCCAGGGAAACAUCCUGUUGGAGGUCUGCAAAUGCAUCGGGUUUGCCAUCGAAAACCGCUGGAACAGAUCGAAGUAUGACUCUCCGAGGAAACACUGGCUGGACUGGGCUGAGGAGAAGUACUCAAAGCGACUGAUCCAGGAGAUUAAGAUGGUGCUGCGGGUUUUGGUGCUCUACAUCCCGCUGCCGAUGUUCUGGGCUCUGUUUGAUCAGCAGGGCUCCCGCUGGACGCUUCAGGCCACGAGGAUGAACAUGGCUUUUGGAGAUUCCUUCAAUAUUAAGCCGGACCAGAUGCAGAUGUUGAAUGCUCUGCUGAUUCUCGUCUUGGUGCCCAUCUUUGACCUCAUUAUAUAUCCACUCGUCGCCCUUUGCAGGAUCAAUAUCACGCCUCUGAGGAAAAUGGCCGCAGGGAUGAUUUUUGCCGCGCUGGCCUUUGGAGCGGCCACACUGGUGGAGGUGAAUGUUGUGGAAUCUGUGGUGGAUCCUGCACCUGCGGGGAAGUGUCUCCUGCAGGUCUUUAAUGUGGCGCCAGGUAACGUGAGUCUGAAGAUCCCCGGCAGCGACGUGUUCCCAGAGCCGAUCCCAGAGCUUCAGGACCCUCCCAAAUAUGAGAUGUUUCCAGCGUCCGGCGAGGACCUGAAGAUUGAAGUCACCUUUGAAGGAAAAACGUCAGAGUGUAACUUCACGUUCGUCCAAAAGAAAGCCUACAGUCUCAUCUUAUACCCCGACGCUACUGGGAUCCAGUGUGAACGAGUGGAGGACUGCAUCACCAAAAAUAAAGACGGGAAUCCUCUCCUCAGGUUCCUCAACACACAGCCGGAGGCCAUUAACCUGACUGUUGGAGGCGUGGACUUCGAGCUGCCCUCUGGUUACAGCAUGUCUCCCAACAAGACCGUGGAGCGAGGAGUAUACACAGCCAGCUGCAGCUUACCCUCACGGGAAUGUCCUGAUUUGGACCUGGGCCUGCUGGACUUUGGAGCCGCCUACACGGUCGUACUCACAGAGAAAGCAGGUAAAAUCAGUGUUCACAAGAUGGAGGACGUGAAAGCCAACAACGUGCACAUCGCCUGGCAGAUCCCUCAGUACGCCCUCAUCACCAUCGGAGAGGUCAUGUUCUCCAUCACAGGCCUGGAGUUCUCCUACUCACAGGCUCCGGCCAACAUGAAGUCGGUCCUGCAGGCCGGCUGGCUGCUCACUGUCGCAUUUGGGAACGUGAUCGUGCUGAUCGUGGCCGAGGGUGCAGGACUGGAGCAGUGGAAAGAGUUUCUGCUGUUUGCCGGCCUGCUGCUGGGCGUCUGCAUCAUCUUCUCCAUCAUGUCCUACUUCUACACCUACGUGGACCCCGAUCAGCUGGACAAGGUUUACCUGGAGGACUCAGGGAGGGAGGAUGACGACCGCGAUGACGACAAGGUGAAGAAAAAACCCAACGACGUCCCCAUGAUGAAGACAGGGCAGAGCACCAGACUGUGACGGGGCCACAUCACGUCCUCCAUCGUCUCUGCUGCAGCUGAUUUCACUUCAGCAGAACAUGACAGGUGUGUGAGGACUGGAGAGGUGAUGUGAAGGUACCGUCUUUACUUAAGGAAGGUCUCUGUGAUGGUGAAGCACUAAGACGUGAUCGUCAGACGUUUGUCACAUUAAUUAAUAUAUUAGUGAAACUUUAACACUCCAGUCGUUUAAAAUGUUUAACCACAAAGUGUUUUAUUUUCUGACUGAAUCUGAAUUCAUAAUAAGUUCUGUGAUUCCCGCACCGUGAUCAAGUGUUACUACAAAUGAAUGUCAGACAUUAUAGCUGUAAAUAUUUGUUGUGUAUUAACUCCAUGUCGAUGUUUUAUUUUCUAUGACGCUAAAGAAAAAUCAGAACCUGCUCAGUCUUUGAUGAAACAUGUUGGACAAACGCUUUAGUUUACAUUGUGUGUGUAUAACAGUGACACUAAAAGGACCAAAGCUGCUGCUGGUUCUGCAUGUUGGAGGCCGCUCGUUUGAAGUGUAGUAGAAAACAUUGACAUGACCAAGUGAAGAAGCUGCUGGAACUUUCUAACGUCUGUGGAGAAUCAUUUUUCCUCAGGUCUUCAAAUGUGUUUGUCUUGUUGUGUUAUUGGGAGCCAGAAUAGAAGGAGUCAUGGCUCAAAACCAGCCGCCACUGCCCGUCAACAAAAACAAAGAUGGUUAAAUGUGAUAAGACCAAAGGACUGGACGGAGGCCAUCAUCAAAAAUGCUCACAUGUGCAGCGCACACUUCAUAUCAGGUUAGGGAAAAAGUAUUUCCUGUUGUAGGGAUGAAUAAGGUUAUGUGUAUUAAGGGUUAUCAUGUCCACCUCAUCAGAAACUGGGGAGGGAUUAAGAGGAAGAUUGGAUUUCUCUGCAACGCUAACUUUUUAGCACAUUAGCUAACGUUAGCUUCCAUAGCAAAACAAACAAGUGUGGUCCUCCUUUGUAAGAUUGGCUUCCUGUGACAUCAUCCAUCCACUGAGUGAGAGCAUACGGGUCGGCCAGUCUGGUCCCGUUGGUCAGUGUUUACUUAUUCAAGUAACACUGGCGGUCCCGGAGAGUGAGUGACCUGACAUGGUGCGUUGGUAAAUUCAGUCUGACGCUCUACACUAAAAUGAGAGCCCUGUUGGUGGAAGAAACGCAGCGUUAUAUUUCUACAUGAAUGAACCAACGGUUAAGUUAAUCACACAUUCACUCCGCUCGGCGCUCUGCUGCUCCGUCUCCACAGACAGAGUGUCCAGAGUGCGCUCUGCCACUCUGAGAGUGCGCUGCUCUGGAUAACCCAACGCUACAUUCAGACAGCGCUCCCAAUUUAUCAACGCUCCAGUUUGUGUGAGAAACACCAGUCAUCUUCAUCCAUUGUCUUAAACAGGCCAACAGAACUAUGGAGAACUGUUUUGCCUCCAGCUAAGCUCCGCCCACCAAAAAACGUCAUACUGUUUACUAACAGUAAAAGUGUCUACAGGAGCUUCCUCUCUCUGAAACGACCUGUGAUUGGUCAAAGUCUCCUGUCACAGAUUUCCUGAAGCCUAAACCCAGAGCCAAGAGCAGGAGCAGGAGUCUAGUUUCCUCACGGACCACUUCAGUUACGAUAUGCUGAAAGCUUAUUAUGGGAUGUUUGUCCACUGACAGCAGAGUAAACCUGCCUACCACAGCUUUAAGUCCUGUGAAUGUGAUGUGUAGUUGAAACAUGCAGAACCAACAGCUCGGUCCUUUAAAGCCGUAAAAUAAAAUACUUGAUGGUGUUUUUGUUUACUGUGGGAAAGUGCUGAUGAAGCUGCUCCCUAUAAAGUUCUGUAAAUAGAUGGCUGAUGCUGAAACUUGUUUUUG